UAGGGAUUUCAGGUGACCCCUGGCAACCUUCCUCUGGGCCACUGGCUUAAACUCAAUCUCUGAUCACAGGCUCCCCCUCCCCCACAGUGACCUCACAAUUGUUACUAUCUUCUCUUCAGACCCAGAGACCCUCUGUUAUGGGUCUUGUUGCCUUAGUAGGGAGCACUGUCCUGUUGUUCCUGCUGAUCUUCAGGGCAUCCACGUGGGCCUGUCUCUUCUGCUUCACCACCUAUGAGGAACGCCUCCGUCUCUGCCAGAUGUUUGUGGGAAAAGAGAACCUCAAGAUACGCCAGUGUGCAAAUGCAUUCGCAGCUGCUUUUGAGAGUCUCUUAGACGUGGAAAUCAACUAUGAUGAGAGGAGUCACCUGCAUGAUGAAUUUUCACAGAUGAUGGUUUCCCUUCAGGAGGUGGCUGCUUCCCGGGGGUCCUUUUGGCAUGCCUUUACCAAUGCUUCGGCAGAAUUGAAGAGCUUCAUUGAACACCUUACAAAAGCCAAGGACUGCAUCCCUCCUUGUGGCGUCCAGGAGAACACUAGGAGUUUCAACUGCUCGGGCUGCUUUUCUGCAAUCUGCACGCUGCCUCUAGACUGUCCAGUUCAGGACGUGUUGGUGAGCCGAGGGGACCAGGCUUUGUUUUCUUGUAUCGUGGCCUUCCAGUUGCCAGAGUCGGAGGUCACCUAUUCCUGGAGAUUUGCGGGAGGAGGUCUCCGGACUCAGGACGUUUCCCACUUCCGUGAUGUGCCGGGAGCUCACGGGUAUCUGGCACGAAUCCGGCCAGUGCAACCUAGCCACAGUGGGACCUUUUCCUGCGUGAUCCAGCACGACCAGCGCCCCCUGGCGCGGCUCUACUUCUUUCUGAACGUGACGGGCGCUCCUCCGUCGGAGGAGACUGAGCUCCAGGUCACGUUCCGGGAAGUGAUGCAUUGGAAGCAGCAGGAGGCGGAAAUGAUCCAGCCCUGGAGGCCCAGCCUAGGCGAACUGCUUACCAGGCCCCAGGCUCUGACGUUUGGCAACUUAUUCCUGCUAGCGGCCACCGCUGCACUUGGGUCCGCUGGCGUCACUGUGCUAGUGUGGUGAGUGCCAGCCAGCACCCUCCCCUCCCCCAGCUUCUCUGGUCUACACCGCAUGCCUCUGCUCCCAGACUCUGGGAGUCCAUGCCCCAACCUCAUUCCUCAUUCCUAGCUGUCCAACCCAAGUCUUCUCUUAGACCAAGUCCAAGCCUGGCUCUCCUCCUUCAAGACUCCAAAGUCCACUCCCUAGCCUACCUUCCCCAGAACCAGGUUUCCAGGUUCCAAUUCUACCUGAAAUCUAGGCGUUUAGUUCCCACCCUUUAAGACCUAGGGAGCCUAACCCUCUUUUCUCAGACCCAGGAGUCCAGACCCCAGCAUUUCUUCCUCGGAUCUAGGAGUCCAGGUCUGAAAACCCAUGAGUCCUGAUACCAAGCCUUCUUGGAAACUCAGGUCAAAGCUCUGUGCACUUUGAAACCCAAGUGUGUUUCUAUCACUGGGCCUUCCUAUAGCACAGACUCCUUUGUUUUCUCAGGCUGUUUAUUCGAUGGUACUUAAGUGGCAACUAACAAAUCCUGAUCCUACAUCUGUCCUGGAAAUAAAGUAUAUAUUUUAGUUA